CGCCCCGGGGCCGUGUCCCUCCGCGCACUUCCGCGUGCAUGGCCCUGCUGCCCGGGUCCCUGAGCCCGACUGUGCAGCGGAGCUGGCAGCGGGCGGCGCGCGCCUUCCUCGACCUCCCGCUGCCUCAGCCGCCGCCCGCCCGCGUCCGCGCGAUGGAGUGCAGGCAGGAGCCGCAGGAGCAGCAGCGCCCGCCGCCUGCCGUCGGCUCCGUAGCCGCCUACGACUACUUGGUGAUCGGGGGCGGCUCGGGCGGGCUCGGCAGCGCGCGCCGAGCGGCCGAGCUGGGCGCCAGGGCCGCCGUGGUGGAGAGCCACAAGCUGGGCGGCACUUGCGUGAAUGUUGGAUGUGUACCCAAAAAGGUAAUGUGGAACACAGCUGUCCACUCUGAAUUCAUGCACGAUCAUGUUGAUUAUGGCUUUCAAAAUUGUGAUAGUAAAUUCAAUUGGCGUGUUAUAAAGGAAAAACGGGAUGCCUAUGUGAGCCGCCUGAACACCAUCUAUCAAAAUAAUCUAACCAAGUCCCAUAUAGACAUCAUCUAUGGCCAUGCAGCAUUCACGUGUGAUCCCCAGCCCACAGUAGAGGUCAAUGGGGAAAAAUACACUGCUCCUCACAUCCUGAUUGCAACAGGUGGCAUGCCCUCGCGUCCUCAGGAGAGCCAGAUCCCCGGUGCCAGCCUAGGAAUCACCAGUGAUGGAUUUUUUGAACUGGAAGAAUUGCCUAGCCGCAGUGUCAUUGUUGGCGCGGGUUAUAUCGCUGUGGAGAUAGCCGGGAUCCUUUCAGCUCUGGGUUCUAAGACAUCACUAAUGAUACGGCAUGAUAAGGUACUUAGAAAUUUUGAUUCAAUAAUCAGUUCCAACUGCACUGAAGAGCUGGAGAAUGCUGGCAUAGAGGUCCUGAAGUACUCACAGGUCAAGGAAGUUAAAAAGACUUCCUCGGGCUUGGAACUCUGCAUGGUUACUUCAGUUCCUGGUAGGAAACCCACCUUGACCACUAUUCCAGAUGUUGACUGCCUGCUCUGGGCCAUUGGGCGGGACCCAAAUUCCAGGUCUCUGAAUUUAAACAAAGUGGGGAUUCAAACUGACAAGAAAGGUCAUAUCAUCGUAGAUGAAUUCCAGAAUACUAAUGUAAAAGGCAUCUAUGCAGUUGGGGAUGUGUGUGGAAAAGCUCUUCUUACUCCAGUUGCCAUAGCUGCUGGCCGAAAACUUGCCCAUAGACUUUUUGAAUGCAAAGAAGAUUCCAAAUUAGACUAUGACAACAUCCCCACAGUGGUCUUUAGUCACCCCCCUAUUGGGACAGUGGGACUCACAGAAGAUGAGGCCAUUUCUAAAUAUGGAAAAGAAAAUGUGAAGACCUACUCAACCACCUUUACCCCAAUGUAUCAUGCAGUUACCAAAAGGAAAACAAAAUGUGUGAUGAAAAUGAUUUGUGCCAACAAAGAAGAGAAGGUGAUUGGGAUCCACAUGCAAGGGAUUGGGUGUGAUGAAAUGCUGCAGGGUUUUGCCGUUGCAGUGAAAAUGGGAGCCACAAAAGCUGACUUUGACAACACGAUUGCCAUUCACCCUACCUCUUCGGAAGAACUAGUCACACUUCGUUGAGAACUCAGACUCCUAUGGCUGGCAGCUGGACCAGUACACUUUCUGAAGUGAACCAAAUCACAUUUACUUAAACUGUUCUUAUUUUAUGUAUUUCUUUAUUUUAAUUAGGAUCUUCUGACAGUAGAAAUUUUCAGUAAAUAAUAAGACAUUAUUUAUGUAAUUGGGAAUUUUUCGUUAUGUAGGAUAAUUUUCAUUUGAUUACUUCUCACAAUAAUAUUUUAAAGUUUUUUAUUAACAGCUCUGUGCUAGCUGGUUUUGUUUUUGUUUUUGUUUGAGCCUCAUCCCAAGUGUAAAACUAUGUGAACUACAAUUAAUAUACUUUGAAUGAAUGAAUGAAUGAAUGAAUAUAGCUUCCUACUUUUUAUAGAGAAGUAUAUUAGCAGCUGUUCACAUUUAAAUAAUGCAAGUGCACAGAAUCUCUUUUUUUUGGUUUGGUUGGGUUUUAUUUUAAAGCCAGUACUGUGCUCUGCAUAUUGCAAAGCUGCUUCAGGGAUGUGACCUUUCUCUAAAAACAUGACACAAGAGGCCUGCCUCUUUUAUUUUAUUCUUUCUUUUGUUUUAAGUGAUUACAAAUUAUUUGUUUUACUUUUAUGAGAUAAAGUACAUUAAACUUGGAAAAGAUUUGAGGAAGCUGGUUACAUAAGUGAGGGACAUUUGAGAAGUGAUUCCUGCUUUCAGAAGGAGAGGGACUCCAAUACUUCACAAGUCUGUCUGCUCAGAGUUCAUAGUUCAGUGGCUCAAUGAAUGAUUUCAGUUCUUUUA